ACUGAAAUCUGUUUCGAGCCACACCCCAGUUCAUUCCCCCGCUCAAGGCCCAGCUCACUCUACAGCCCCCGCCCCAGACACAGUCCUUCGUAAACCCCUGGAUAUUUUCACAGACAGUUCCGCGCCGUUUUCCAUCCACCUCAACGACAACAACAAUGAUGCUGUCUUCGCUCCUGAGCUGCGGCGUCUCCGUUUCCCUUCUUGCCGCAUGCAAUGGCUUCGUGACGACAGCAGGCGUGCUCCCCACUAGGACCAGGGCGCAGGCAUCACAGGGGCUGUCCAUGGCAGCAUCCGGCGAGCAGUGGGUCCCGAUCCUCCCGAUCGAUGAGGCGCCGACCCCCGGCACCGCCAAGUCGGUCUAUGUCGCCGACCUCGACCUUUGCGUCGCCGCGGACGAGAGGGGUCUACUGUACGUGCUGGGCAACAAGUGCCCGCCGGCCAACCAACCCUUGUCGUUCAGCCUCGUCUCGAACAACAUCAUCAAGGACCCUGUGCUGGGCACCAAGAUCGACAUCGAGACCGGCGAUGUGAUCGAGUGGUGCCCUAACCUUCUGGGCAAGCUACUCAGCCCGAUCCUCGGCGCGCAGCCCGAGAACGCGGGCGUGCAGACGUUCGUGGUUCGCCAGAAGGGAGGCAACCUGGAGGCCAAGGUCAACGUCAACGCUAAGGCGGAGUUCGAGAAGUCGUACUGGACGGGCAUCUUGGACGCUCAGGGGAAGGCAGACGGGGGCUACUACUAACUGCUUUCUUUUUUUUGUGAUGGGUGGUCGUCGUCGUCCCAAGCGAAGCCUGACUGUGUUCGCGUUGUAUGGAUUGUUGUUGCUCCUGUUGAUGUUGGGAGCGCGUGGUGGCUGGCGCCCGAGAGUUGUAGAUAUUAUUUUGUUGGGCUUUGUAGUAGAUUAAGAGUUUUCGAGGUCUUGCUGUGGCCGUAGAUUGAGGCGGGGGGCCCCAAACAAUCAGUGCGUUUGGUGCUUUUCUGAGUUCCAGAAGAACCAAUAUUUAUUUACUCUAGAGCGAAGAAGGAACUGGGGUGGAUUGGGGAGGAUGCCGUUGAAGAAAUGUUGCAACAAUUGUAAGACGGAGCGUGUGGCGUAUGUACGUACCCAGAGGCAGCACACCAGCAGCUUGUUCCUGUGAAUGAGGGGAGUUGGUUGGAAUCUUCCCACGGGUGUUGGGUGCCGUUGGUUACAUCCGUUUCUUGUUGCAAACAUUGCCUUGGAGGUCCUGUCAUUUGGCGCUGCUCCUGCACCCGUUGUCAUGGAUGUUCGUCUAGAAAUAAACUUGUUUACACAGCUCUUCCUGUCAGAUGUGUCCGCCCAUCAUGACCUCUUUGGCCUUGCCAAAUCUACAAGCGUUCUACAGACUGCAGCUGCGUUCGACAUGUACUGAGUCUUGUCCUUUAGGACGGCAUCGAUUCACCUUCUGCGCGGCUCGAAAGUCGGAGCUUUCGCAACAUAGAUGUAGCUUCUUGUCACACAAACACCGCCGCUGAGACCGUGAGAGCUUUUGCGAUGCCGAGCAUGGCAUGGUUGUGAGUUGCGCUUUUCUUCGUUGCGCGGACGUUUUGUGCUAGAGUUUUCUCCAUCGCCGAUAAAAAGCGGAAGGACCGCACCGAGAACGGCGUCCGAGGAGAACAUGAAAGAAACACCGCGACUUGGUUGCCCGCGAUUCACGGCAGACCGCCGGUCGGUUUGUUUUGACGUAUGCUAUGCACAGUCGAAAUUUUAAUCGAGAAAACAAGAUUUGCCCCG